GCCUCCUCUGUUUUAUGCAGCCGCCCGUUGCCGCUGCCUCUGUGUUUGCCUCCCGUUCCCCACCCCAGCAGCAGCAACCCCAGCAGCAGCAGGAGAGGCUGGAAGCAGAACCUAGAAAGACCAGCUGGCAAGGAGUAGGAUUAACUGCAGCGAGGACCUUUAUUUUUGUUUGUAGUCAGAAAGGGAGGAAGUGGAGAGUAGGAGUAAAGAGGUGGGGGCGGGAAGAGGCAAUGAAGUGAGUGGGAUAGCCGCUGUAGUAAGAAUAACAAUCAAUAUUAAAAGAAAAAAAAAAGCUGCGGGACGCAUGCGCAUGGCUGGCGAGCCGCCGUCCCUGGGUGAGGAGCCCGCUGCUAACCCAUCCGAUCAAGGCAAAGAUUUCCAUCUGUCUCCCAGUACUGAUGGUGAAAUUCCCAUGGGAUCAGAGCGGAUGGAGAUGCGUAAACGGCAGAUGUCAGUGCCUCAGGAGACAACAGACUGUACUCCAGGCCAACACGAAGUGGGGAAUAGGGCAUCUAAUGCCUGUUGCUUCUGUUGGUGCUGUUGCUGUAGCUGUUCAUGUCUUACUGUUAGGAACCAAGAAGAUGAAAGAGCAAGGAGGGCUUCCUAUGAACUCAGAGGAGAAGGACUUCCAACCUGUGAAGAAAGCCCUACACCUACUCUGGAAGAAGUGAAUGCCUGGGCCCAGUCAUUUGACAAGUUAAUGGUCACUCCAGCAGGAAGAAAUAUUUUCCGGGAGUUCCUCAGAACAGAAUUCAGUGAAGAAAAUAUGCUCUUUUGGAUGGCCUGUGAGGAACUGAAACAGGAGGCCAACAAAAGUGUUAUAGAAGAGAAGGCAAGGCUGAUAUAUGAAGAUUAUAUUUCCAUUCUUUCUCCUAAAGAGGUCAGCCUGGAUUCCCGAGUAAGAGAAGUUAUCAACAGGAACAUGCUAGAGCCAUCACAACAUACAUUUGAUGAUGCACAACUUCAAAUUUAUACCUUAAUGCACAGAGACUCAUACCCCCGAUUUAUGAACUCUGCUCUUUAUAAGGACUUACUUCAGUCCUUAUCUGAGAAAUCCAUUGAAGCAUAGGAUUUUCAAAUAUAUUUAUUAUUAACAUUAAUAAAACCAACAACAAUAAACUCAUGGGCCACAUCUAAGGAGAAGUUUAGAGAUGAUAGAAUCUUCAUCUGACUUAAUACUCAGGCAUAUUUUAAUAAUGGACAUUGUUUCCUUUCACAGAGGGCUUUAAAAUCACAAGUCAAAAAUGUAGUCACCAAUCACCUUUAGUGAUGUUUUGGAGAGACUACGGAAAAUAAGGCUUGUCCUUUUACAAACAUAAUAUUUUUAUUCUUAUAAUUAUAGAAGCAUGUUAUAAUAAUUCUUAUAAUGUAUAGCAGCAAGGCAAAGGCUACCCUUACAAAAGGUUUCCAUUCUAAUUUCCUUGGUACAAUCACUAAAAAAAAGAAAAGGCAACAUUCAGACUUUUUGUAUGAGUUACAUGAACGGCUACUUUCAUCUUAAAAAGAAAAGCUGUUCAGUAGCAAUCUGCUAACUCCUGCCUUCCCUCGGCACUCUCAUUUUUGAAUGCAGUAUACAUCUGUGCCAUUACCCCUUGACACACAAUAGGUCGAAACUCACAUUUUGUAGCCAUCUUUUAGUAGAUGUGGACCCUAAUUGUAAAGGUAUUUCCCUCCACCUUAGGAUGUAGGUAUGGAUAUACAUGCAUAUGUAUAUACAGUAUAUGUAAGCAGUGUUCCCUUAAUAUGGAUCAAUCUCAAAUGUGUGGGCAAAAACUGAUUGGAGACACACUGCUUAGAAAAUUCUUUUGUUGAAAAGAAUUACUGUUAUUUUAAAAUCAGGGCUUGGCUAAAGAAUGAAUUAAGUUAAUGAUGUGUUCAUGUUUAUAAAAAUGGUAUCAACUGAGGUUGCUUCCAUUUUUAUUUUGGAAAGUGAAGGAAAAGUAUGGGCAUUUACACUCUAAAAAAAUAAAGC